GAGCUGCCGGUUGCUGCCGCGCCACCUAUCGGUGGACCGGAGUUACUGCAUCUCUGUCGGCGUUGUCACAAAUGAACACUGUGACGAUUAGAGCCAACAUGGCGGAGAGCGAGAGCUUGGAGACUGUCACCGAACAUGAGCGAAUAUUACAAGAGAUCGAGAGCACGGACACCGCGUGCGUGGGGCCGACGCUACGAUCUGUUUACGAUGAUCAGCCCAAUGCACACAAAAGGUUUAUGGAGAAACUUGACGCCAGAAUACGCAACCAUGACAGAGAGAUCGAGAAAAUGUGCAACUUCCAUCAUCAGGGAUUCGUGGACGCCAUCACAGAGCUGCUGAAGGUCCGAGCAGAUGCUGAGAAGCUGAUGGGCCAAGUGAGCGACACCAAUCGAAGACUUCAAGACGCCGGACGGGAGGUGACGGCCCAAACGGAGGAGGUCAUCCGCUGCCGAAUUCAACAGAGGAACAUGGCUACCACGGUGGAGAAGUUGCAGCUCUGCAUUCCCGUCCUGGAAAUGUACAGCAAAUUAAAGGAGCAGCUUGAAUCGAAAAGAUACUACUCUGCAUUGAAAACCAUGGAGCAGCUAGAAAACAUUUAUAUUCCCAGAGUGAGCCAGUACAGAUUCUGCCAAAUCAUGGCUGAGACGCUUCCUAAACUCCGAGAGGAGAUUAAGGAGAUCUCCAUGUCCGACCUAAAAGACUUUUUGGAGAGUAUCAGAAAGCACUCGGAUAAAAUUGGUGAAACCGCAAUGAGACAGGCUCAGCAGCACCGUACGUUUAACAGUGAAGUGCAGAAGCAGGUGACGCUGAGCUGUGCCAAACCUCUGUAUGGUCUGAACGGCCGAACACCCCUCCAUCACAACGGCCUGAGCACAGAGGCAGCAGAUGAAGAGGAGAUGGAUGAGGAGGUCUUGACGGCGCAGGAUCUGGUGGAUUUUUCGCCAGUCUACCGAUGUCUUCACAUCUACACUGUUUUGGGAGACAGGGAGACGUUUGAAAACUACUAUAGGAAGCAAAGAAAAAAACAAGCAAGACUAGUACUGCAGCCUCAGUCUAACAUGCACGAGACAGUGGAGGGCUACAGGAAGUACUUUAAUCAGAUUGUCGGGUUCUUUGUGGUGGAGGAUCACAUACUACACGCCACACAAGGCCUGGUGACUAGAGCCUUCACAGAUGAACUGUGGAACAUGGCCCUGUCCAAAAUCAUCGCAGUGCUCCGCACACACUCCUCCUACUGCAGUGAUCCCGAUCUGGUCCUGGAACUGAAGAACCUGAUAGUUAUAUUUGCAGACACUUUACAGGGUUAUGGCUUCCCUGUCAACAGACUUUUUGACCUUUUGUUUGAGGUUAGAGAUCAGUACAAUGAAACAUUGCUCAAAAAAUGGGCCCUGGUGUUCAGGGAUAUUUUUGAGCAGGACAACUACAGCCCCAUUCCAGUGGAAAAUGAAGAGGAGUAUAAGGCCGUGGUCAGUCGCUUCCCCUUCCAUGAUGCAGAGAUAGAAAAGCAACAAUUUCCAAAGAAGCUGCCCAUGUCCCAAUCAGUGCCUCAAAUCUACUCUCAAGUGAAGGAGUUUAUUUAUGCCAGCUUGAAGUUCUCCGAGUCACUCCAUCGCAGCUCAACUGAGAUUGACGACAUGCUCCGUAAAUCCACCAACCUGCUGCUGACGAGGACGUUGAGCAGCUGCUUACAAAAUCUAAUCAAAAAGCCACACAUAGGAUUAACUGAGCUAGUUCAAAUUAUCAUCAACACCACCCAUUUAGAGUAUGCGUGUAAAUAUCUGGAGGAUUUUAUCACGAACAUCACCAAUGUUUCCCCGGAAACGGUUCAUACCACAAGACUCUACGGGCUUUCCACCUUCAAGGAUGCUAGACAUGCAGCCGAAGGAGAAAUAUACACCAAACUCAACCAGAAGAUUGAUGAAUUCAUUCAGCUGGCUGAUUAUGAAUGGGGCAUGGCAGAGUCGGACGGCAGGGCCAGCGGCUACCUCAUGGACCUCAUUAACUUCCUGCGUAGCACCUUCCAGGUCUUCACACACCUUCCAAAUAACAACAAAGAUCAUGCUGCGAUGUCGGGUAAGGUGGCACAGACGGCGUGCAUGUCUGCCUGUAAACACCUGGCCACGUCACUGAUGCAGAUGCUGCUGGAUACUGAGCUCAAACAGAUCAGCAUGGGAGCCAUUCAGCAGUUCAAUCUGGAUGUCAUACAGUGUGAACUGUUUGCCAGUUCAGAGCCCGUGCCAGGAUUCCAGGGGGACACACUGCAGUUGGCCUUCAUUGACCUCCGACAGCUUCUAGAUCUGUUCAUGGUGUGGGAUUGGUCCACGUACCUAGCAGACUACGGACAGCCCACCUCAAAGUACCUGCGGGUGAACCCCUCCACUGCGCUAGCACUUUUGGAGAAAGUCAACAGAGGAAUGAAAGACACAAGUAAAAAGAACAACAUCUUCUCCCAGUUCAGGAAGAACGACCGUGACAAGCAGAAAUUGAUCGAGACGGUGGUGAAGCAGCUGAGAAGUUUGGUGAAUGGAAUGUCCCAGCAUUCCUAGAGUCGUCCGAACACUGGGCUGGGUUUGACAAUGUAACUUACAAACUAUGUUAUACUUCUUGCUUUGGCCCUUUUUUCGAAUCCAAUAAGGUAACUACUCUCAAAGUACUGUGGUAUAUUUUGACUGCAUCCUCCAUGUCUUCUGCCAAAAUAUUCACCACUGUAGCUUAAUAAUGUAAAUAUAGUGCAAAAAUAAUGAGAAAAAAAGUGAACAGAAGAAGUUAUGCAGUAAUUUUUUGUAAUGUAUUUUUAAAGGUUGAGAAUUAUGUUUUGUACGUUGUGAAAGUGCAAUGACUCCUAACACUACACUUGAGAGAGCGGCGGUGUGUAUGUGACUGGUGAUGCUGAUGGUCAUAUUGCAUCCUGUAUGAAAUUCUCCCUGGUGUAACAUGGAUGAAGUUUUAUUGUAAAUAUUUUUAAAUAUAUUUAACACUGCUAUGGAAUCAUGCUUCCCAUUGGUCUGCCUUGAGGUGAAGUUGACUCAAAUUAGGUAACUUAUAAAUGCUAAACAUUUGCAUGAGAAUGCAUCGUUUUUUCUUUUACGUUGGCAGACUUUGUUCCAACUCAUGUGCACAAACAGCACUUCUUUAUUGAAAAGAAUUUAAAAUUGUCAGCUGCAUUUCACUGAACGAUGUACAAAUUCACCAUGGAAUUAUAUUUACUUUUUUAUUUCUCAGGGUGAAAUGAAAGCUUUGGGUUCAGAUGCGUUAGAAUCUCAUUUUUAGGUGAAAAUAAAUAAGCAAUAAUUGGUCCAGCUACAGACAUUGAAAAAUCCCAGAAUAAUAUCUUUAUCCACAUGGUUUUUUGUUUCUUAACAUUUAUUUUGAGCAGGCAUUUUGCACUGAAAAUUAUUUAAGUUUGCUUUUUAACAAGCAACUGUAUGCUUAUGUAUUUAAAGUAUCACUGUAUAUACCAUAAUAUUUUAUUAAAAUUGGGGAAAAAAUGGAAUGUAAAAAUAAAACAUUUGUCAUCUGAGGAUAUUCCCAUAUUUCAGUUUUCUGUUGUCUUAUGGUUGUAACAACACUAAUAUUGGUUUCACUUUAAGAUAACUCUCAUGACUUAAAGACGUGGUUAACAAAUCAGUAGUUCCUUACAUUCAGAUAUUACAAGUGUUUGAAUGUACAUUACCUAAUGAUCUGUUAGGCAUUAUGGAAUUUGUUAAAAUUAAUAAUUAAAGUUACUGUAAAGUGUCACACAGAUAUUCAACAUUUCAAUGAGGCAGACAGAAUCACAAUAUCCAAAAACUGGCAUUACCUGGAGUUACACAAACCCAAGUGACUUCAGUUGUUUUCAAGGUCCACCUAUUUUUAUUUGUGUGCUUAAAUAAAAUUUCACCACAAAAAUA